UGCAGCCAGUCUACAGCCAAUAUGGGCCGAAGAACAGCCCACAAAAACCGAAACGCACACCUUUCGCGCAACGAGGACGAGGACGAGGACAGUUUUGUUGCGGGAAAAAAAUAGAUAUUAUCAAAGCCAAGGCGGUAACUGAUGCCACCUUCCCUCUUCUCUCCCAGCUCAAAGCAUAUGCUUCUUUCUCAGCAGUCAUGGCAGAUGAAACGCAUAAUGGUCUUGCGGCAAUCAUGGCAACUGAAAAACGUCAUGAUAUGAAGGAGGGCAGUGAAGAAAUUCCUACGUCUGAUCCUUUGUUUAAGGAGAAAAAGAACAUUUUGAUGCAAGAUCUCGAUGGUGGCUGCUCCACUGAGGAGCUCCGACUGCAGAAUCAUGCAGCUAACUCUUCUAAGGUGUGUGACACAAGGCAGAAACCUCGAAAAAAGCUCGUCAGAAUUAUUGUAGCUGACCCUGAUGCUACUGAUACUGACUCUUGCACCAGUGAUGAUGCGGAAAAACGUGUAACAGCACGAGGAGGGGAGAGACAAGUAACACAGAUCUGCAUUGAUAUUCCCUCAGAUUCUCCUUCCUCUUUUGUCUCUACUCCUUUUCCUACCAAGGAAGAGUUCCACCUUCAGAAACCAAAGAAAUCAUUCAACAGUGAUGACUCAGUUGGUGGCCACAAGAAGUACAGGGGUGUUCGCCGGAGGAAAUGGGGUCGGUGGGCUGCUGAAAUCCGAGACCCGGUGAGCCGGAAAAGGCUCUGGCUUGGAACCUUUGACACUGCGGAGGAAGCUGCAUCAGAGUAUGACAAGGCUGCUGUGAAGCUGAGGGGUCUUAACGCCAUUACCAACUUCCCUCAGUCUGUUAAGGAGGUGAAGCCUGCUACCAUCCGUGACAGCUCAAGCAUCGAUAGUUUUACCUCGUUCGGUGCGCUGGCAUCCCCAACCUCUGUGCUGUCUUAGGAUGUUGACUAUGAUUUCAUUACGUGGGCACGGAUGCCUCUGGUUUUGAUUAUGUAACUUAUCCAUGAUAUCCAGAGACUCUUAUCAGCAAUAACUACACAACUUCAUCGUUAGUUUUAGGACGUGUUCGGAGGAUGCCACCCUCGAGUACACGAGAUGAAAUGAAAUCAUCAUCUUUGUAUAUAUGAUGCGUCUAUGUAUCCUCGACUUAUUAGUGCCCAAUCACUAACCAUUAGGCUUAGCCGUUAUCACUGUCGACGAAAUAAAUAAAUACGUGUUAGCAUCCUAUUUUUGCCUA